AUGGUGCUCGGCCUCCACCCCUUCGCCGACAUCGCCGCCGACGGCACCCCUCGCCUCGACGUCGCCAAUGGAGAGGAGAUCGUCCGCGUGCAGCGUGCUUCCGCGCUCGCCCUCGGCGGCCGCGCGCCAGAGCCGCCCGGGACCGUCUUCAUCACUACCAGGAGGGUGAUCUGGGUUAGCGACACAGAGAGGAACAAGGGCUACGCGGUGGACUUCGUCGCCGUCUCGCUCCACGCAGUGUCGCGAGACCCCGAGGCGUACCCCUCCCCGUGCAUCUACACGCAGAUCGAGACAGAAGUUGGCUCUGAUGAGGAGUCUGACGAAUCAGAUUCUGAAGCAAAUGGUGCAGUAGAUCUCUCAAAAGUCACUGAGAUGCGCAUCAUACCAUCAGAUCCCGAUCAGUUGGAUGAACUCUUCGAAGCAUUCUCCCACUCUGCUGAGUUGAACCCAGAUCCAAAUGCUGAGAGUGAUGAAGAGAAUGGCUGGGUUCAUGAUGAUGGAGGUGAUGACGAUAUGUGUGAUGGAAGUGACGCUGAGGAGUUUUCAGAUGACACUCCAAUAGGACAAAUUGAUGAACAUGGUAUUACUCGCAGUGUAGUCGAGCUUGAGAUCAAUGACCAGCGUUUUGGGGAUGCAGAGGAAGCAGAAGGGGAGAGGAGCCACAGAAAUGGAAGAUAGGCGUAAGCACCCUGGUCUAUCUUCCUCGAGGAACGACAUGAUUGGUUAUCUGUAGAUUUCCACUCGUGCAGUGUUUCGCUGUAAUGAUUUAACCUUGUGAUUCCUUCCUAGAUGUCAUAGGAAUCCUUGGGACUAUCUUGUAAACAUACACAUCAACGAGAAAAUGACAGAAGGUCUU